AAAAAAAAAUAAACCCCAUUGACCCAUUCUUCACUGGCGCAUCGCGGCGUCAAGCUCAAGCGAGCAGCGGGCCAGCGGCAGGGGGGGCACCGGGGCGGGCUUCAGCCGCGCGGGCGCGGCAGGAGGGACGACCCGGCAGCUGACAUCCAAGCAUAGAGUGGCGACCGAACAUCACCAGGCGCUGGGCGAUUUAAGUUCUCAAAUUCCAGAGUUAAGUUUGUGCAGCUUUGUUCUGCCACUGGUUGCAAGCAUGUCCUCGUCAUCCUCUUUCCCUACUUCUCGCUUCCCUUUCGCCGCCGGUGGCGCCGGUGCCGGGGGCCCUGGCGGAGGAGGCGGCAGCGGGAGCAGCAUGAGGCCGUGGGGGUCGAGUGGAGGGACGUCGGUAUCGUCGUCUGGGAAGCGGAUACAGAAGGAGUUGCUGGACCUCAACGCUUCCGACUGCUCCGCUGGUCCCAAGGGCGAUAACCUCUACCACUGGCUCUCCACCAUCAUCGGACCCCAAGGAUCUCCAUAUGAAGGAGGGAUAUUUUUUCUUGAUAUUGUUUUUCCACUUGAUUAUCCGUUCAAACCUCCUGCGGUGACUUUCAAAACAAGGAUUUAUCACUGUAAUGUUGACUCCACUGGGACAGUGAGUUUGGAGAUUUUGAAGGAUGGCUGGAGUCCAGCCUUAACUAUUUCAAAGGUGCUACUGGCGAUCAAAGCCAUCAUCACAAAUCCAGAUCCAUAUAACCCACUUGUGGAGAGAAUUGCACGUUUGUACUUGACUGAUAGAGCUAAGCAUGAUGAAAUAGCUGCUGAAUGGACAAUGAGGUUUGCCAGAUAGGGAGUCCUGUCUGCAGCUAAGAAAGAAUACUGAUUCUGUAAAUUAAUAAUCCUUUAUGUAGACUGAAAUGUAGAAUUUGGCAAAGGAUCAAUUGUUUGUUUAAUCUGAGUUGUGACAUAAAGAUGUGCUUUACAAGCACUAUUUCAGUGUUAGCUUUUAGGUGCAGAAUUGGCUUUAAUUGUGUUAUACUGAUCAAAGUUGCCCCUAGCAAUUCUUCUGAGUCGGUUCUCUUUUA